CAGCGCACGCGACAGUCAUGUACGCCAAGUUAUUUAUGUUAUGCUGCGCGUGCGCGUUGGCGGCUGCGGCGCCGGGUAUCUACGACAUCGGCUACGCGGCGCCGGCGGUCUCGCACUCUUACGCUGCGCCUGUGGCUGUCGCCGCACCAGUUUACAAGACUGUUGCUGCCCCAGUCGUACACGCGGAACCCAUAGACCCGAAUCCGGCAUACAGCUACGCGUAUGGUGUGGCUGAUCCCCACACUGGUGACCACAAGGACGCACAGGAGACUUUACAGAAUGGCGUGGUUCACGGAUCUUACAGCCUGGUAGAGCCUGACGGUCACCUCAGGAAGGUCACCUACACAGCCGACAAGGUCAACGGUUUCAAUGCCGUCGUUGAGAGGACUGGUGGUACUCACGCGGCGCCAGUCGCGGCCCACGUAGCAGUAGCGCCAGCACACGUCGCUGUCGCCGCACCGGUCGCCAAGUACGCACUGCCCGCAAUCGGCCACCCCUGGCGCUAGUCACUAAUUUAACUAUAAACUACUUGUCGUAUCGCUGAUGGAAAAAAUGGUUCGGAUGACGACUUCUGCCUAAACUUUAGAUAUCUAGUUGAGUUAGCAUAGACGACGAUAUUGUUGACGUCUUCUGGCCAAUUAAACUUAAGUUUACAGUACAGCAAGCUGAUAAGACUAUUUGAAAGUAUUAGAGGACGAAGGCUUGUACAAAGCGUUGUUCUCAGUGUUGUUUAUAAUAUUAC